AUGUCAGUGGCCGGUCUGGUGCUGGUGUAUCCGCCAAGUCGUUUGAUCAGCCUGCUGUGGCCCAACUGGUCCGUGCCGUUCGGCCUUAUGGCCGGGCUCCUGGCUUUCCCGCUGAUCUUGCGUCUACUUCACGAACAGACAAACCAUGCCUGGUCUCGCGCCAUCAGCGCGGUUGUGAUGACCUGGCUGGGGAUUUGUUUUGUCAUGCUCUGCCUGAUCCUAGUCGCAGAAGUGUUGCUGAUGUUUCCGCUGCCCAGCGAGACCGUCGGGCAGGGUGUUGCAGCUCUUGUUGUCCUUAUCAGCAUGUACGCCAUCUUCAACGCUCAUCGCCUGCACGUUCAUAAAAUCGAGGUCACCGCCAACCAGACAGUCAAUGGCACGCGGCUGGCGCAGAUUUCGGAUGUACAUAUCGGCAGCCGCCAGCCAGGCUUUCUGAAACCCAUUGUGCAGACGGUCAACGCACUCGACGCCGACUAUGUGCUGAUCACGGGUGACCUGAUCGAUAUGUCGAAUAUUGACAUCGACAGCCUCGCACCGCUGGGUGAAAUCAAAGCACCGACCUUGUUCUGCAUCGGCAAUCACGAACGUUACGUGGAUCUGGACGCAAUCUGUCAACGCCUGUCGUCCCUGGGCAUUGAGGUGCUGCGCAAUCGCAGUAUUGAUCGCGACGGCCUGCAAUUCAUUGGUAUUGACGAUGCUGAAAGCAAAUCCCAGGUAGCACGCGAGAUCAAGGCCCUCAACGCUAACCCUGAUGCAUUUCGCAUUCUGCUCUAUCAUCGGCCCGAUGGCGCUGAAGAAGCUGCUGCCUGGGGUGUAGACCUGAUGCUCACCGGACACACCCACAGGGGCCAGAUUGUGCCGUUUAACUUUCUCGUAAAGAAAGUGUUCCCACGCCUGUAUCGGGAUUAUCAGGUGGACGGCAUGUUUUUGUAUGUGUCGCCAGGCACGGGUACCUGGGGGCCUGUUAUGCGGCUCGGCUCCAAGUGCGAAAUUACACUGAUUGAGCUACUGUAA